AUGCUCAAACCGCUCGAAAAGAGGACUGUCCUGAAUAACAUGAUUCAGAUUCCGGAGGAUGAAAGAGCUUGCGACGACGAAGGCGGGUCUCUGCGUACGAAAAUCUACGCAUGCGAGUUCGGUCACGCAAUCGCACUACGAUUCCUUGAGCAUUUGCAAACAAUGGCAGCUCCGUCUCGGUUGGAAACACUCGACUCUAAACCCGUAGGAGAGGGAUUGAGCAGCGUCCGCAAUUCAUUCAAUACCCUAUCUGACAAUGUUGACAUCGAACGCACUAAACCGCUUCUUCGAGCAGUCCUCGAAAAUGAACCUGAUGAAGUCAUCUGGAACAGCACCUACGACGCCGUCAGCGAAUCGAUGCCUCCACCCCGCCCUACCUCGUUCUUCCAACAUCCAUCCCUUUCUGUCAAUACGGGCAGCUUCGCGAACUCGACUGAGCACCGCAAACACGUAGACGAUGUGCUGAGACACCUGUAUGUUGGCAUACCCGGCUUCGCCGAGGCGUUCUUCGGAGAUGUGCCUGGUCUGAGAGCGGUGGUACAAGCCGUGUUGGUCGCCUAA